AUGGGCGCGGUCUCCGAGGUUAUAGAGAGCUGGGGACUCACCGUUGCGUCAUCAUUCUUCACCAGAGAGCGGAAGGGGCGGGGCCUGUGUACUUGUGUCCUGUCCUGUUCUGUCCUGUCUGUCUGUCUGUCUGAACAAGGCCUGGACUGGGACAAAGCUCGCAAGGUGACUGCAGUACGAUACUGUACCUUUAAAUCUUGGGAUAAAAUGACGAAUGCACGUCAUAUUUUUUAAUUUUGUGGGGGGUCAUUUUUUUAUUUUUUUUUGUGGUGACAGGGAAGUUAUGUAAUUUGUGUGACAUUGUGACCCUUUGCGUGCUCAGGUCUGCCAAAAGCAUUGUUUUCUUAAUAGUUGGGCAACUUCUCUGGCACUCAAAGGUCUAAGGGACUUUCUGACCAGAUGUAGAAUAAUGUGUAACCACUAAGCAGACAAAAAACAACUUUUUACAGCUCACCCACCAGCAGGGUAGUAUUGACUUUACAAGGAUAGAGUUUUUACCCAUAGUGUGUGCCUGUUUCUAUGGUGAUUGCCCUAAUAUUGGUACUUUACACCACUAUUGAGAUAAGGACAAUUUGAUAAAUCUCCCCUAAUAGGUUUCAGGGCUCUUGGUGGCUUAUGAGUUUGUUGAAAUCUUGCUGCCGGAGGAACAUCGGUUUAUUUAACAAGACCAACUUUCUUGGAGUGUAGGCGGUGAACUGUAAAAAAAAGGGACAUUUUGUGUAUGUCUCUAGAGGUUAUUGUCCCCCCCCCCCCCCCCCCCCCCAUUUUAAAUAGUAAAAACAUUUUUGAAUGAUUUUACGUCUUACCUGGCAUCGCUGAACGCAGCUCCCAUCUUCCACUACUAAUGCCGGAGAGACAAAGUUCUUGAGCAGAAUGUUAAGUCAUGAGCUAAUACUGUUACUCUCAUCUAGUGUGCUGGGGCUUGCAGGACUUCGCUCAAGAGAGCUAACUGGAGGUCCUGCUUAGGAUUCUUUGGCUCUUCGUCAUCAGUAGUGGACGCGGGGAGUGGCGCCUUGCAGGCCCCAAGGUAAGAAAUCAAAUCAUACUAUAACGGACCGACUACUAGGAUUGGGUGGAUAGGCAGUUGUGGUGCUUGUAGUGUUCCUUCAAUAAGUUGGUUUAUGUGACAACGACCUCUUAAGUGAUGAGGAAUUUCCCAAAAAGUUUUUGUUAAAAAAGAAGCUAGGAUUUUCAACUUUUCUUUCAUUUUUUUUUAACAUUGCAUUGAUAUAUAGAAUCUGCAUUUAACAAAAAAAUUUAAUAUGCUACAUAUACCUCAUCACAGCAUGCACCUGUUAUGGUUGAAUAUAUUUAUUACCUGUUAUGUAUUAAAUUCAUAUAUGUGUGUGUAUGUAUGUAUCUAUGUAUGUGUGUAUAUAUAUAUAUAUAUAUAUUAGUAUUUUUGUAAUAUUAUAUGAUAUUGUAACAAUGCAAUGUUUUGUGGUCCCAGGACAUACUUGAAAACAAGAGAAAUCUCAAUGUAUUUAUCCUGGUAAAAUAUUUUAUAAAUUAAAUAUUACAAAUUCCAGGAGAAUAGGAUAUUCACUCUGGAAGGGGAGAGUGAAAAGUCAGCACUGCAAGUUGCAGAAUAUCAACAUGACGUCAGCAUGCUGGACACUGAGAGCAUGUACAGGAAGAAGUUGGUGUCAAGGACGAAGGUACAUAUGUUGUUGUACUUUGCUAUUUAUUGUUAUGCUCAUUUAAAGCAGAUAUGUCAGUUUGCCAGAAAUGACAGCUCCGUGUGUAGUUAAAGGGACAUUCCAAGUACCAUAACCACUACAGCCCACAGACGUUGUAUGGUUAUGGUGCCCUAGCCCUUUCUCAUGAUAAAACAGUUUUAGCACGGUUUAACAACUUACUUGGUCACCCGCACUGCAUCAGCCUUGUCUCAUCUUCUCCAGCAGAAAACUGGUUGUCAGUUUAGAGAAAAGAAGGAACGCAAUCACUGGCUUUGAGCGUCAGCAGAGCGUUUUCAGACAGUGUAUUGUGUCAUUGCUCUAAUGUGACAUCCAUCUUUUCUUGUGACAGACAAUCAGAGGCAAUGAGGGCGCCUGGCUGGAGCCAGGUAAGUUGUCAAAACAAAAUAAAGUGUUUUGACAUCUGCUUAGUGUACUUUUUUUGGAAAUGUCCAGAACAUUUGUGUAUGCUGAUCUACUGUUCUCUUUUGUAGGAUUUUUAUAGAGCAGAGGAGUGGGUUCAGAAAGGCUCCUAGGAAACCUGAAAAAGGAGAGUCUGAAAUUCGAGGUGGCCCUGAGACUUUUAAAAGCAGCUUUACACCACCGUUGGCAGAACCUUUAUCCCCAACACGUUCCUACAUUCUGAAAAAGUUAUACAAACCUUUCUUCUUCACUGUGGGGGUAUGUAUAUUAUAUUUUAUGCAGCAUUCUAUGGUAUUGAUCCUUAAAAAUGAUAAUCUGCCCCCUCAGCGCUUUGGCCCACUUGUGCCAAUGCACUCAAAACUUUUCCAUGAGCAUAUCAGACUGUUGUUGCCACUUAACACCUAAAGGGACACUAUAGGCACCCAGACCCCCUGUCUGUUUAACCCUGCAAUGUAAAACAUUGCAGGGUUAAGUUCACCUCUAGAGGCACUUCCUGUUCCCUAACAGUUUUUUUUUUUCUUCCCAUGAAAUGAAGUUGGAUAUCCUCAAAUUCUCCAUUUGAAAGCAUUGAUUCAAUGCGUUGCAUUUGUGCAUUCGCUCAGACCAGCUUCAAGACGUUGCGGGAGGAGGAGACUUAACCUGUGCCGAUGGAGCCUCGGUGCUUGAAAUAUUCUUAGUAAAAAGUUUUAUUUUUUUAAACUCGAUGGUGCAACCCAACAAGUUAGGGAAAGGACCUUAUAGAGUUAGGAAUACAAGCCUGUAUUCCUAACACAAUAGUGUUUUUCUUUAAGGAUUUAUGGUAUUUCAUGCUGUCCUCACAAUCUGAUUCCUAAAGGAAUUUUUACCAAUAUACUGCUUAUGCCAGUAAACAGUGUGUCCUGUUAAAUCCUCCAUUAACCCCUUAAGGAGAGUGGGCAUUCUAUGCCGUCCUUAAAGGGACACUCCAGUGCCAGGAAAACAAUCAGUUUUCCUGGCACUGCAGGUCCCCUCUCCCUCCCACCCCCCAUCCCAUGUUGCUGAAGGGGUGAAAACCCCUUCAGUGACUUACCUGAGACCACCGCCGAUGUCCCUCGGCAGUGGUUUAGUGUCCGCACACGCUCCUCCCCGCCGAUGUCAGCCGGCGGGGAAGACCGACUGCGCAUUCACAUUAGACAUCCCCAUAGGAAGCAUUGAAAAUGCUUUCAGUGCUUUUCUAUGGAGAUUUUAGCGACGCUGGAGGUCCUGUGCUAUGAACCAGGAAGUGCCCUCUAGUGGCUGUCUAGUAGACAGCCACUAGAGGAGGAGUUAACCCUGCAAGGUAAUUAUUGAAGUUUAUAAAAACAGUAAGGUUAGUGGCAGUUGGCACCCAGACCACUCCAAUGGGCAGAAGGGGUCUGGGUGCCUGGAGUAUCCCUUUAAGGGGACGAUUCUAAAUGUUGGCAGAAUAGAACGUCCCUGUUGUCCUUAGUACUUACUGGGUCCCUGUAUUGAUAUUGUUUUACUGUUCUGAAACGCUAAUAUUUGUUUCCAGUAUAACAGAACCCACCCUCCCCUCUCCCUCCAUGUACAAGUUUUCUGAUGUUUUGAAAAGUUACAGUGUCAAAUAUAAGGCUUCCCCUUUUCAGUGUUUUUACAUUAAAAUUUUCCAGAUUAGUAUUACUGCCUUUGAGACCGUAUGUUAGCUCAGGAAUAUGAAUUACACCCAUGAUGGCAUACCAUUUGCAAAAGUAGACAUACCAAGGUAUUGCAAAUGGGUAUAUCCAGUCUUUUUUAGUAGCCACUGAGUCACAAACACUGGCCAAAGUUAUUGUUUUUUGAUUAAAUAUGGUCUCAAAGGCAACAUAGAUCCCACAAACCAAUCUGGAAAACUGAAAUGGGCAAGCCCUAUAUUGACCCUGUAAUUUUCCUUAACACCAUAAAACCUGAAAAGUGGGGGGUACUGUUGUAUUCGGGAGACUUUGCUAAACACAAAUAGGAGUGUUUUAAAAACAUUAAAAUUCAUCAUGAGAAUAUCAUCAGUGAAUGUGCAGUUUUUGUGUGAAAAAUGCAAAAAAAGAAUGCAGUGUGGUGGGCAUACUAAAAGUAUAAUGGGUAAGGAGGCAGAGAGUUCAAUAAAGGCUGGCACUGGGUAUGGAAGGAUAGACGGGACAUGCAAUUAAUGUAGUAUUCCUAUAAGUUCCACUGGCAGUGUCGCUUGCAAAUGACCGAUAUACUUUUUGCAUACAACUAACUUUAAUUUAUAUAAUCGUAUGUAUUCUAAGACACAGAAUGAAUGAAUAGCUAAGUAAGACUGUGUAGAAAGUUUCUACAUUACUGUCUUCUUGACUUUUUUCACCAGGCUUCAUGAAUUGUUAUCCUCCUCCUUUCAGUGCAGUUCUCGCAGCAUAUUUCCCCUUCUAUCUGGUCUGGUUUCUGUUGGUUUGAUUUAAAAACAAACUGUAAGCACAGUUUCUCACCUUGGAACACCAUGCUUAUGUAAUUGCACAUCCUCAUUCUCUGUCCAGAAUAUCUGUACGUUAAGAAAAAUUCAGAUGCUUUGAAUCACAGUUAAAGGAACACUAUAGGAUCAGGAACACAAACAUGUAUAAAUAUUUAUACACAGUUAAUGAGAAAAUGAAACUUCCUCAUUAUCACAGGCCUAUUGCCUCCUUCAUCAUAGCCACUACAAUUCCUUGUGAUGGUUAUGGUACUAGUGUCCCUUUAAAUUUAUAACAUAGCAAGGACUUAACAGAGCAGUUGGAUCUUGGCCAAACAUUCUUUAUAUCUUAUUGUUAUGGUACUUUUGAGCCAUACCAUGGUUUACAUUUUAGGAAUGCCACCACUCCACCUAUUUUUCCAAUUCUGUCACAUUGAGAAGCAUGGUUGCAAUGUGUAAAUCAGUCUCUGUUUUAUAUUUGUGCAGGUAGUGCUGAUGGUUUCUUUGUGUUACAUUGUAUUCCAGUAUGAUCACAACAUGCUAGUAAAAGGUACACUAUAGGUACCCAUACCACUCAAUCACAUUGAGCUGGUCUGGGUGCAUUGUCCCUGUCCCUUUAGCCAUGCAAUGCAAAACAUUGCCGUUUCAGAGGCUGUUCCUGUAUUUACAGAGUUUAACUCCAUUAAACGAUGCUGGACUUCCUCACGCUUUGCAUGAGGACGUCCAGCAUCUUUGAAAUCCCCAUAGUAAAGCAUUGAAUAAAUGGAGAAGGCCUGAUGUGCUCUGUGCUUGCCGUGCAUGCACAUUAGCUUCUCCCCACUGCCGAUGUUCGAGGAGGCAGAGAUGGAGUCACUACAGUGGGACCUCAGCACUAGAAAGAUGUAAGUGUUUGAAGGGUUUUUUAACCCUUUCAACACCUGCGGGAUGGACAAUAACUUUGACUGAGGGACACUAUAGCAAAUACUAUAGAAAUACACUAGUUACAUGCAUCUGCAAGCAAGGUGUUUUUUUUUUUUUUUUUUCUUUCUUACCAUUCGGAUUUAGACAUUAUUGUGAAUCUCAUCAUCAACCAAAUUUAAAUGAACAUUAAAAAUAUAUUUAUUUCUAACCAUAGUGUGCUCCUAUGCUGAGAAUUAUGCAUCCUUCCUCCUUUAAAAAUAAAAUAUAAAAAACACUUUGAAUGUAAGUUUUAUGGGGUGUGAUAAGCAAAAUUAAAAUAUAAAAAUUACAUUUGCAUUGGCAAGAAAAAGGUUAUUAUAAAGUGUGUGUGUGUGUAAAUAAAUGUAGAAUGUAUAUGUGGCUGCACCUUACAUUACAAAUGUAACAGAAUUACUAGUAAACACUGAGGACCCCUUAAAGGAACACUAUAGUGACCAGAACAACUUCAGUUUUUUGAAUUUGUUCUGGUGAGUAGAAUCAUUACCUUCAGGCUUUUUGCUGUAAACACUGUCUUUUCAGAGACAAUGCAGUGUUUACAUUACAACCCAGUGAUAACUUCACUGGCCACUCCUCAGAUGGCUGUUAGAGAUCCUUCCUAGGCCAUGGCUGCCUAAAAUGCAUCCAAACUUUCAGUGUUUCCUCCCUCUGCAUGCAGACACUGAACUUUCCUCAUAGAGAUUCAUUGAUUCAAUUCAUCUCUAUGUGGAGAUGCUGAUUGGCCAGGGCUGUGUUUGAAUCAUGCUGGCUCUGCUCCGAUCUCCGCCUUGUCAGUCUCAGCCAAUCCUAUAGGGAAGCAUUGUGAUUGGAUCAGACCUCCACUUCUAAUGAUGUCAGCAGACUGCUUGUUUUUCUGAGGCAAACAGCAUGCAGAUCUACAGCUUCAGGCUUGAAUACAUUAAGAUUGUGCUAUAUUUAUGGAGGCACGAGGGGCCCAGGGGGCUAGAUGGUGGUUUUAACCCUAUAGGGUCAGGAAAACAUGUAUUCCUGACCCUAUAGUGAUCCUUUAACAUCACAUGACAUAAUAUUUAAAUCUUAUCCUCCUAUAAUUGCUUUACUUUUCAAUAAAAAGUAAAUAAUUUCCAUUUGAUCUGCACAGAUCCAUGCAUAUGUACACUCAAACACUGUAUUAUGUUAAAUCCAGUUUUCAGGUUGUUCUUUUGGCGUUGCUGCUAUUUGGCAAUAUGAGUCUCUAAAAUAUCGAAUGAGGAAUUAUCUGGAUGAUAUACGAGCAGAUUGGUUAGAGAAGCUACGACCACAAAAGCAAGGUGAAUUCCGUAAGCAGGUAUGUUUGUACAAAUCAAAUUAUCUUUUUCUUGAUAUAACUGGAUUUUAGAUUUUUAUCCUGACAGGGUUUAAAUUAUGUACAUAAUAUUGAAGAAAUUUUUGGGUUACCAUGUUGUCCCCAUUAUGAUCCACUUGUUGAUUAUUCUUAACACUCCUCUCACUUCUCUUACUCUCUACUCUUUUAGUUUUCCACCACUCAAUUUACUCAGGUCCAGUAGUGUGCUAAGUAAGGGGGUUGAAGGAGGGCUGCCCUUGUGACUAGAGGUAGGAGGUGCACAGAGCAUAACAGCCAGUGCUUCUCUGGUAAGCAAGUAAUUGGCCACAGAGCAGUCACUGAUGAAGCUGCAAUGAGUGUCCAGCUUACUCUGUACUGAUGCUGGACCGGAAUGUCACAUUACCCCAGCCCUGGCAUCCAUACAGAGAUACAGGGAGCUAUCAGUAGAUCGAUCCCUGGAGCAAACUACUGGACUUCAGAGAUGAAGUUCCAAUCCAGCUCGGUUUCAUGGUAAGAAAAUAAAGGUUUGGUUAAAAUAUAUAUAUAUAUAUAUAUAUAUAUAUAUACCGUAUUUUUCGCUCCAUAAGACGCACUUUUUUCCCCCUCAAAAGUGAGGGGAAAUGUCUGUGCGUCUUAUGGAGCGAAUGUGAAGAUUUACUUACCUGUCUUGGAGCGUGGGCCGGCUUCACAGCGCGCUCCGCGGUCCAGGAACUUCUAUUUCAGGUUCCGGUUUCCGGCGGGACUGAAAGGAAGUGCACACUUCCUUUCAGUCCCGCCGGAAACCGGAACCUGAAAUAGAAGUUCCUGGACCGCGGAGCGCGCUGUGAAGCCGGCCCACGCUCCAAGACAGGUAAGUAAUUAUGGGACAAGGGGAGGGGGAGACACUAUGGGACAAGGGGAGGGGAGGAGACACUAUGGGACAAGGGGAGGGGGACACUAUGGGAGAAAGGGAGGGGAGACACUAUGGGAGAAAGGGAGGGGAGACACUAUGGGAGAAGGGGAGGGGGGACACUAUGGGAGAAAGGGAGGGGAGACACUAUGGGACAAGGGGAGGGGGGGACACUAUGGGACAAGGGGAGGGGGGACACUAUGGGACAAGGGGAUGGGGAUACUAUGGGACAAGAGGAGGGGGGACACUAUGGGACAAGGGGAGGGGGAGACACUAUGGUACAAGGGGAGGGGGAGACACUAUGGGACAAGGGCAGGGGGGACACUAUGGGAGGGAAAGUGCACUAUGGAACAAUGGGAGGGGGGGACACUAUGGGAUCAGAACACUAAUGGACAAGGGGAGGAGGGGUUAAAGAACACUAUGGGACAGGGUAGGAGGGGUUAACAAUCACUAUGGGACAGGGUAGGAGGGGUUAACAAUCACUAUGGGACAGGGUAGGAGGGGUUAACAAUCACUAUGGGACAGAGGAAAGGGGGGUUAAAGAUCAUUAUGGGACAGGGGAGAAAAAAAAAUAUUCUGAACAAACCGUCCCAUGGUAAGAAACACUAUGGAACAGUUUGUUCAGAAUAUUUUUUUUUUCUGGGUUUCCUCCUCUAAAAACUAGGUGCGUCUUAUGGUGAGGUGCGUCUUAUGGAGCGAAAAAUACGGUAUAUAUAUAUUAAUUUUUUUCAUGAAUAGUUUUUUUAGUGAAUACAGAGGCAAGACUGUGUACUCGUAACUCAAGUACAUAAUCGCAUAUUGUCAAUAAGUAUAAUACAGUAAAUACAAUACAUUGGAUAUCUAACAAUUGCGUUUUGCUACACAGUGUAAUUUUUAACAGGCGGCAUGUUGGAUAAAUAUCCUGGGUAUUGCGUGGCAACCCCCUUGUGGGUCUGGUUGCCCCUAUUGAGUCCCCUCUGGAAGUCAUUCCGCAUUAUGAAUUAUUCCCUGUAUUGCCACAAAUAAACAGGAAAAGUUGUGGGGUGGAGGGGUUGUGAGAGGUGAGAAGAACUUAUCAGUUCAUUACAAUGUCCCGGUUUAUGGGCACCUCUGUGUGUGCUGUCUGUGGUGUUGGGCCUUACUAUUGGUCGGGUGGUCGUCCAAGGUAACUCUAUGUUGGUUCCCCCUUUUUUUUGUCGUUUAACGUGCCUAUAACAGUGCCGCUACCCUGGGCAACCUAGGUAGUCUUUUGUCUCAGCGGUUCAUCAUCUAGCAUAUUCCCUGCCUAUUCGUUUGGGUUUGUAGCUUGCAGCUCUGGCCAACUGUUCCAUAUGCGGGUGUGUGUUCCACUUUUACCCGCCAUUCUGUGGGACAUUUCCUUGUAUUUGUAAGUUUUACUAAGACUGGCUGUUACCGUAUGUAUUGGCGGAGCUUUUCCAUUGUUUGGCUAUGCAACUUUUUGCUGCCGGUAGCGUGUGGAUUAUCAUAGUCCUGUCAUAGAUCCCCACUUGUGCAGGGAGCAUAUGUAGCAAGUAUGUCUGUGGGCGUAAAUUAAUCUCGUGGCCUGUUAGUUUUUUAAUUAGGCCUUUGGUUUGUUCCCAAAAUAAUUCUAGCCUGGGGAAAAACCAGAAGGUAUGGCCCAAGUUUCCCACCGAUGUCCCACAUCUCCAACAGGUUGGGGGAACCCCCGGGUAUAUGUGUGCCAUCCUUUGCAGGGCCAUAUACCACUUAAACCAGACCUUGUAGGCGGAUUCUAAAUGGUCCAGGCAGUGCAUGGAUUUUGUCGUGUGGGAGAACGCUAAUUUCCAUUGUAAAUCUGUAAACUGGAGAUUAAGUUAUUUUUCCCAUUGUUCCCUGUAACCAAGUCUAACAGGUCUCAUUAGGUCAAUUAUGGCUCUGUAGCAUAACGCAAAUAUUUUCAGCUCUUUGGCUACCCCUUGACAAAACCUCUCAUUCAUUUGGGGGUGUGUAAGUAUCUUUUUUCGUAAUGCUAUUUUGGACGAUAAGUUUUAUCCGUAAGUAUGUAAAUAUUUCCCUUGGGGUUGGAUUAUAAUUGCUACUUGGUUGUAGUGAGCAGUACCAGUGUUGAUGGUUGUUUGAGCUGUGGAACCCACAGCAGGUCUAAGAGAGAGUGGGGUUUUACUACCAAGUUCUCAAGCUCUUACCAUAGUGGUGGAUCCUUUGCCUUAAAACUUGAUAAUGUCUGAAACAGGACAGUGGCUAUAUAGUAUUUUCGGAUGAUUGGUAUUACAAACCGUCCUUUGUGUACUUUAAUACCCAUGGUAUGUUCUGCUACCCUUGGGUUUUUUUUUUUUCUUCCAUAUGUGUGCAUUUAGGAGCUUCUGGAAUUGAGCCGGUAUUUCUAUCGGAAGGGUUUGCAAGAGCAACAGUAUUUGGGCAGCACCAUAAUUUUUUACCGCAUUUAUACGGCCUAGCCAUGACAUACUCUUGCCUUCCCAAGCUGCCAUCAAGUUUUGUAGUUUAGUGAUCAGUUUUAGAUGAUUGUGUUGGAUGGUGGCGUGUUUGGAGGUAGUAAUUUGUAUGCCUAGAUAUUGUACCGUCUGUUCCCUCCAAUCAAACUUAUAUUUCUGUGCAAACUGUUGUUUGGUCUUUUUAGUCAUAUUUAUCGCCAGAGCCUGCAUUUUGGUUAAAUUUAUUUUAUAGUAUGAGAUGGUGCCAUAGACGCCUAAAACGUCUGUCAGUGCUGGCAGGGCGGACUGCACAGGUUUGUCAGUAGGAGCAGCACGUCGUCUGCAAAAAGCGCUAUUUUUUUUUUUGUUCCCCUAGUGGGGUACUAAGGCCUGUAAUGUGUUUGUUGGUUUUUGCCUGUUGCACUAGGGGUUCAAGGGCUAAAAUAAAGAUCAGCGGGGAUAGGGGACAACCUUGGCGGGUACCGUUUGUGAGGGAAAAACUCUUGGACAGGAAUACUGUAUUCAUUAUUUUGCUGAAGGGCUGUGUAAAGGGUUUGAAUUGUGUUCAGAAACUUUGUCGGUAGGCCAAAUUUCCGUAGAACCAGUGGCGUACUAAGGGGGAGGGGCGGGGGGGGCGGUCCGCCCCGGGUGGCAGCCGGGUGGGGGGUGCCAUGGUUGGCUGCAGCCCCGAAAGCGCCUGUAGUGAGCCUCAGGCGGCUGCAGCUUUGCCCGGCAUCCAUGAGGGCGGACCGCACCGCCUGGGCGCAGCCUGAGGAGAGGCUGACAGGAGGGAGCGCUCCUGUCAGCUCCCUCACUGCAGCAUGGUCCGACGGGUACAGAGAGCAGCUGUCUCCUGUACCCGGCCGGACUAACAGGAAGUGCACACUGAGUGGGCACUUCCUGUUAGUCCGGCCGGGUAGAGGAAACAAAAGCUCCCUGUACCCGCCGGCUAUACUGGGAUCGGCCACGCUACAGGGAGGUAGGGGGGGGGUGAGAGAGGGGUGAGAAAGAAAUGGCGGGGUGAGAGAGGGGUGAGGUUGUACCAAGGGGGUGAGAGGGUGAGAAAGAAAUAAGGGGGGUGAGAGGAGGGGUGAGAAAAGAAAUAAGGGGGGCAGAGAGGGGUGAGAAAAGAAAUAAGGGGUGAGAGAGGGGUGAGAAAAUAAAUAAGUAAGUGGGAGAGGGCAGAAAGAAAUAAGGGGGUGAGAGAGGGUGAGAAAAAAGAAAUAAGGGGGGGGUGAGAAAAGAAAUAUAAGUGAGAAAAGAAAUAAGGUAAGUAGAGAGAAAUAAGGUGGGUGAGAAAGAGAAAAGGGGGGGGUGAGAGAAAAUAGGAGGGGCUGGAGAGAAAGAGAAAUAUGGGGUGAGGAAAGAAAGGAGGGGGGGUGGAGAGGAAAUAAGGGGGGUGAGAGAGGGGGUGAGAGAGAAAUAAGGGGGGGUGAGAAAGAGAAAUAAGGGGGGUGAGAAAGAGAAAAGGGUGGGUGGGUGAGAAAGAGAAAUUGGGAGGAGGAGAAGGAAAUUGGAGCGGGAGGAGAGAUUGACAUUCAUCACAUACACACAAUGCACCCCUUGCACACAGAAAAACACACAGGCACACAUACACAAGCAAUGCAACCGUUACACACAAUGCAUCCCUUACACACACAGAAACACACAAUGCAUUCAUUACACACACUCAAUGCACCCCUUACACACAUUCAAUGCAUCCCAUACAUACACAGAAACACACCUUGCAGCCCUUACACAUACAAACACAAUUUCACACAAUACAUUCAUUACACACAUAUCAGGACAUUUUUGUGACCACAGUUACAAACCGCUUCCAGAGAGCUUGUUCUGCACCAGACCAGUGAGCCAGACUGCAGCUAGAGCCCAUCAUCAUCCUCAUCUGGUUGUAAGUAGGCAAUCUAGUAUAUUAUUCGUGGCACUAAGCUCUAAUUUACCUCACAUUAAAGAAACACUAUAGUCCCCAGAACCACUUCAGCUUAAUGUAGUGGUUCUGGUGUCUAUAGCCUGUCCCUGCAGGCCUUUUAAUGUAAACACGGCGCACUGCAGCACUGGCGUUAGUUAACAUGGCAAAUCAUAUGGCUGGGGCAUUGUGAUGUCACAUGGGGGGCGGCAAACUUUACUUUUGCCUUGGGCGGCAAAAAUCCUUGUACCGGCCCUGGCUGGAGGGGGCUGUGUGAGCUGUGGCCGCACAGUGUCCCAUGGUAGUUAGGGUGCCGUGCGGCCAGUACAGCUCACUCAAGCAAACAGCUGAUAAACUGGCCGCACGGAGGAAAUGUGUAUGUGUGACUGUCUGCCUGUACUGUGUGUGACUGUCUGUCUGUAACUGAGUGUGUGACUGUCUGCCUGUAAAUGUGUGUGUGGGGCUGCAGGGAUUUUGUAGAAGGGGGCGGGGGUUUUGUAUUGGGACAGGAGUCUUUAUAAGGGGGGAUAAGCAGGGGAUUUGUGGAAGGGGGUUGCGGGGGUUUUGUAGACGGGGCAGUACAGGAUUUGUAGAAGGGGCAGGACAGAGGUUUUGUAGGAGGGGCAGGGCAGGACAAGGGUUUUGUAGGAGGGGCUGACAGUGGUUUUGCAAAGUUUACAAAUUGUAAAAAUAAAGAAAAUAAAACCUUUAACAUUUUUUACAGGUUUUGGGAGGGGUGCCAAGCACAGGAUCCGCCCCGGGUGCCAAAUGCUCUAGGUACGCCCCUGCGUAGAACAGAAGUCAUACAUCCACAGUGUAGGUGAUCAAAGGCCUUCUCCGAGAGUAAGAGCCCUGAUGUUCAUUUCCUUUUCUUUAGUUCUAUGAGAUCUAGAAACCUCUUCGUAUUAUAUCCCGCUUGUCACCCAGGUACAAACCUGGCCUCUUCUGGGGAGACCAGUGAAUUUAGCAAACGUUUUAGCCUGUUGUCCAGAAUUUUGGCGAACAGUUUAAGGUCCGCAUUCAGCAGGGAUAUGGGACGAUUACUUUCGCAUUUUAAAGGGGUUUCCCUGGUUCGGCAAUGGUAAUGAUAUUGGCUUGCAGCGUUUUGUUGCAUUAUGUCAUUAAAGAGUUGCAUUUUGUGAGGAGUCAAGAUAUGUUUAAAGGUUGUAUAAUAAGACUUUGGGAAGCCGUCAGGUUUUCUGUUGGUCAGGCAGUAAUUUCCCAGCUCUAUUCUCCUGUGAGUAGACCUAUAACCCUGAACUGGAUAUAACGUUCGAAAUGUCGUUCUCACUGGGGUGUGAUCUGACCAUGUGAUAGGAUCUAUGUAUAUCCUGUAAAUUUUGGAUAUUUGCUCUAUACGUCAAGCAUAAGUCAAUUCUGUUAUAGGUAGAGUGCACUUUAGAGAAGUAAGUAUAGUCCUUAGUCGUUGGGUAAUGGGUCUGCCACGUAUCAAGUAAGUCGUACUUCUGUAGUAGUUUACACAAUUGGGUAUUAGCCCUGGGUUUGCGGCUGCUUAUGGGGCGUGUGUUGUUAAUGUCCACAGAUGGGUCUAGCACACAGAUGAAGUCCCCACAAAUGUAUAUUUGUCCAGCUUUAAUUUUGUAAAUGCGGAAGAGGGCCUUUAGGAGAAGGUCUAACUGGUUUUAAUUGGGAGCAUACAGGCUUGCUAUGGUAAUUGGGGUAUCAUUAGGCAAUCCUACCAACAUUGGUAUUCUGACAUUCCCUGUCUCUAUAUUCUCUGUUGCUUUGUAACGUCCAAUCUCUGGUUUUGUUAGGGGCGUAAGUGUGAAAGGCUUGGGGGUACAUUUUUGAUGAGAGGUUAGGAGGACUGUGUGAGCAGAAAUGCGUUUCUUGAAUGCAAGCUGUGGCAGGUUUACUAUAAUGGAGCUGGCGUAUCAGCUGACUGCAUUUAUAAGGCAGGUUUAACCUGUUCGUGUUUAAGGUAAAUAAGGUGAAUGAGGUCGCCAUCAUUUGAUAGUUUGGGAGUGCAUUGCUAAGUAUACCACAUAGUUUAAUAAACCCAAACAUGAUGUGUGGAACCAGGUUACCCUUUCUAUGUCUUUCUGAGCUUUUUUUACCCACUGGUGUGGAAGGUAGGGACGACAGCAUGGUUUUGCAUUACAAACACCCAAAGAAAAACAAAACAUAACGAAAGUAUAUACAAACAAGCUGUUCAGAAUUUGGCUAACAUCAGUACUAAGUAUACGGAGGACUCAAUAUAAGUGGUCACCGUUGAAUAGCUAAACAUUUGUAGUGGGGUGGGGAGGGGGUGGUGUGAAGGGUUGGUCUUGAAACCAGUUUUACAUGGUCUUGCUCGGCCCAUAAGGAAAGGGAAGUACUGCAUGUAAUGCGGCUAUCUUACUUAAGUAGCUGUCUUCUGGUCUUGGCUACUGGUAGAAUCGGGUCUGGUCCUCUGGUGUGGACUAGAGGCGAAAAUACUCAACUUUUUGUAGUUGUUGUUUAAUUAUGUGGUUUUUUUAUUUUAUUUAUUUAUUUUUUGAAUUUUACUACUGCUACUAGUAUUUCCACCUGUUUCCUAAAUAUAUAGUACAGGAGAUGUUGACAUGGUAUGUGUGGUUGUACUCCCAUUCCAACCUCUCCGUCAAUGUGUGCCUAACACAACCGUGGUUAUGCUGGGGGUAUAGAAUCCUGGUGCAUAGUAUCCCAUAACCAGUUAAUCAUGACUUCUCAGUAAAUCAACAUGGAUUUUGCUAAACCUGGCCUAUAGUGUCAUACAACAGGUUAGGAGAGUAUACUUGCAAACCCAGUUGCGUAAGCAGGCUUCCCUCAUGUCCACAGUCCAUUUAGGCCGGAACUUCGUGUUGCUUUAUUUAGACUUGGUCCAUUCUGGUCGAACUCGGCGGGGCGGUGGGUGAGUCGUUGGCGUGGGCACUUCUUUGGUCAGGCUCCAGUUCUGUAGUGCUUUAUACCCCUCUUCCGGAGUUUCCCUUUUCACCACGGAUCCGUUGCUCCACACCGGCAGUUUGGGAGGGAAUCCACAACAGUAGGCAAUCUUGUGAUUUUGCAGGACCCUUGUCACGUUAAUGAAUUUGCGUUGCUUGGUUAAGGUAGCUGCGAACAGAUCCGGAAACAGUGCGAUUUGUUUGUAUUUCUUCGGCAGGUCGUGUGCUUCGUGGUGGGCUAGUAGCAGUGCCUCUUUUAUGUGGUUUUAGUGAAGCUUUACCACCACAUCGCAUGGUAUCUCCAAUGCCAGCGUUUUUGGCUUAGGCACUCUAUGCGCCCUGUCCAUCAGGAAGUCGGUGUCAAGGGGCAAUGGUAGAAGUGCCCGAAAGAGUUGCCUGAUGAAGAUCUACAGAGUCCUGUAAUACAGUUUUGGGCACACCCUGUACGCGCAUGUUACUGCGGCGGGAGCGGUCCUCCAUGUCCACCAUUUUACCCAUCAUGAACUGGUACUCUGCCUCCAUCUUUACCGUUUUCUCCACCAUCUAAAUAUUUACUUCACUCAGUUUGUUUCCAAUGCAUCUGUCCGAGCUCCCAUCUCCUGCACUUCUUUGUCGAGGUCCUCUGCAGUUAUAAUAUAGUAUGUAUUUAAAGAAGAGCGCAGAUUUUGUAGCAUCUCAGCCAGCCUACGUUCCGUUACCAGCUGGUCUUAACUAUGCACGCCAACAGAGUCCGUGUCGGAUCCGACAUCUGAUAGUUGUGCCGGCGGUCUCGGCCCACCGCCAUCUUGGCUCCGUUUCAGCCUGUCUUUUCUGCUCUGUUUGAAAAAAUCCGUAGAUUUGGGGGUUUUGGAUGGCGCCAUUGUUGAGUCCGGUUUCGGUUGUUGCUCGGGGACCACCCUGGUAAAUAUGUUGUAGGUUUUAUCGCUGUUUGAUGCCGUUUCUGGGCCUAGGUGUCGCAGAGCUCUCACUCCAUACAACCUGUUGACAGAGCCGGAAGUCCUGCCCCUCGGGUGAAAAUUAUUUUAAUCAAAAUAAUAAAAGUUGUGUGUAUGAGUCUGUGUAAGAAUGUGUGUUUGUAUGAGUCUGUGUGAAUAAGUGUAUGUAAUUGUGUAUGAAUAUAAAUGUCCGUAUGUGCAUGUCAUUUCCCUAAAAGGUGAUCGAAAUAGGUGCAGAGUGAGACACACAAACAACCUUUACAACAUAGGGGGUGGUGCCAAAAUACAGUUGUGCCCCAGUUACCAUGUAACCAACUCUGCCCAGAUCCAUGGAGCCUGUCACAGUUUUUUUUCUUUCCAUUGGUGACCAUUUUUACACCGAUUUUUAAAACAUAACACUUUGAUAAAUCUCCCCUAUUGUUUUAUUUCCCAUCGUAUCGGUAUUCUAUUUCUGUGCUGAAUACCAGGUGCAAAGGACAGAUCUUAUAAAAAUGAUUGACAGGGAGCCAAGAUGAAGGCACGCAGUUGUAGUAUAAAGAAGAGUGUUUCUAUUUCAUUUUAUUUUUCACACCUCAUAAUUACAUAUUUAAUAAAUAUUGGAGAUAUGUGAACAUAAUAUUGAAAAAAAACUGGGGUGUUACAAUUCCCCUUUAAGUUUUGUAUAAUAAUGUUUUCAUUUUCUAAAUAACACAAGUUAUCAAUAGUGCUGUCUGUAGCGGGACCUGGGUAACUGGGAUGGUUAUUCUCUUUGAUUAGAGUAGGUCAGACCACUCGUUCUGUUGCGGUCUGUGGUUUGCACACCUCGUUAGCGAGGUGUGAACAUUCUAAGUAAACGUUCUAACUGAGGUGCCGGGGUGCCCCCUGUCGGUCAAAAGGUGUAGUGCAGGAUUUUAUAGGCAAAAUUAUAGAAAAGGGGAUAGUAAAGAGGGGGGAACUCACAUCCUAGAAGGCACAUCCAUACGCAAAAGAAACCAAGCAAUUCACAGUUUAGGCAAUCCCGCCACACAAUCAAUUUUGUAUUUCUACAAAAAGUAGUGGAAAAACAUAUUUAGAUAAUAGAUUCCUGGUGGGUGUUUCUCCCUGUGUUAUAAAAACAUUAACUGCUAUAUACAUUUCAGUAUGAACUUUUGUCUAACAGUUGUUCAGUUGCUGUUUGUUGACCUUCAAAAACUUGCCUUUCAAAAACUUUGUUUCAAUGCUAACCACAUUAAAGAUGAACCCGUAAGAAUAGGUUUAUUAUGAGUCUCUUUUUCUGGGCAUCUUAAAAAUGGCUGCCAUUGUGUUGCAGGCCUCUUCUGUCAGAGACAGAGUUAACAUCGGCUGUACAUAUGUCUCUGUAGGUGAAUGAAUGGUGGAACAGUCUCACUGAUGGACAAAGAACUGUAUCUGGUAAGGGCAAAAAUUAAAACAUAGAAUGUGACGACACAUAAGAUCCAGUCUGCCCAAUUUUCUAAAUACUUUCAUUAGUCCCUGGUCUUAUCUUAUAGCUAUUAGUCCCUGGCCUUAUCUUAUAAGCCUUAUGCCUAUCCCACGCAUGCUUAAACUCCUUUAAUGUGUUAACCUCUACCACUUCAGCUGGAAGGCUGUUCCAUGCAUCCACUACUCUUUCAGUAAAGUAAUACUUCCUGAUAUUAUUUUUAAAUCUCCGCCCCUCUAAUUUAAGACUAUGUCCUCUUGUUGUGGUAGUUUUUCUUCUUUGAAAUAUAGUCUCCUCCUUUACUGUGUUGAUUCCCUUUAUGUAUUUAAAUGUUUCUAUCAUAUCCCCCCUCGUCUCGUCUUUCCUCGAAGCUAUACGUGUUAAGAUCCUUUAACCUUUCCUUGUAAUUGCAUACUCUAGUUAAUGUAAUAACUGAAACAAAAUAUUUUGAACAAUAUUUCUGUGAUAACAUGAUAAUGUCUUCUUAUAGGUAUUAUUGCAGCCAAUAUGCUGGUGUUCUGCCUAUGGAGAGUUCCCUCUCUGCAGGGCACAAUGAUUCGAUAUUUCACAUCUAACCCUGCCUCUAGUGAGUAUAGCAUAUAGUAUGAUUUAUAUUAAUUCAGUUUCACGUAAAUUACUUUAGCUAAAUAAAGCAGUUUUAGUGUAUAGAUCCUUCACCUGCAAUUUCACUGCUCAAUUCCUGUCAUUUAGGAGUUAAAUCACUUUUUCUGUUUAUGCAGCCCUAGCCACACCUCCCCUGGGUAUGAUUGACAGAGCCUGCAUGAAAAAAAAAAACUGGUUUCACUUUCAAACAGAUGUAAUUUACCUUAGAUAAUUGUAUCUCAAUCUCUAAAUUGAACUUUAAUCACAUACAGGAGGCUCUUGCAGGGUCUAGCAAGCUAUUAACAUAGCAGGGGAUAAGAAAAUCUUAAUUAAACAGAACUUGCAAUAAAUAAAGCCUAAAUGGGGCUCUCUUUACAUGAAGUGUUUAUGGAAGGCUGUGCAAGUCACAUGCAGGGAGGUGUGACUAGGGUUCAUAAACAAAGGGAUUUAACUCCUAAAUAGCAGAGGAUUGAGCAGUGAGGCUGCAGGGGCAUAUUCUAUACACCAAAACUGCUUCAUUACGCUAAAGUUGUUCAGGUGACUAUAGUGUCCCUUUAAUCACCAAAUAGCCCUGAAUUUGUAAAAUACAAAUUGCUGGAAAUGCAAAGUGAAUUUAAAAUUUAACAACAGAAUAGCCAAAAAGCAAAUAAAAUUGACUAGAAUAUUUUUAGUUUGUGUCUUUUGGCCUAAAUCUUGAAUUUCAUUUUGAUUUCCCCCAAUUUUCACUUUAUUAAAUAACACUCAUUAUGCAUUUAAUUUAAUACACUUUCCAAAUAAUUCAAAACUGUUAGAAAAACUUUACGAAUGACUUCUCUACAAAAUUCCUCAUAGACUUUAAUGGUGACUUCUGUAGAUAAAUAAUUUUAAAAGUAUUUCUAACCAAGUAUAAUCAUUUGGAAAGCAUAUUGUGUAGGUAUGAAUGUCACAUUUAAGAAUUUUCAAUUUGGUUCAUUGUUUGAACUGGUUUCUAUUGACAAAUCAUUGAGAGUUUCCAUAUGCUGUGAGUUUGUGUAUGACUUUUAUAUACCAUAUAACGUAUAACAUAAAAGGGAAACAUCUUGGGUCAACCUAUAUUCCAGUUUACCAGUUAAAGCAAAAUUUAUGUGGAAUGCAUAUGUUGGGUUUUAUUGACAUGUUGCUUUUCACUACUUUAUGCCUAUAUACCUACAUUGUAAAUGAUGCUAACAUAGUGUACUUAUAAUCUUAAUUUUAGUAAUGAUAGGAGGCAAAUAUUUGCAUUUCUCUCUUUACUGAAAACUUCCAGCAGAACAUAAACAACCAAUCAUAAAAGAGGAUGUUACACAAAAGGCCCUUUAAGACCACGCCCUUCCUCUUUCUCUGUAGCGACAAUAAACAGGUAACAAAUAGUUGAACCAUGAACUACAAACGUAUACAAAGUUCCAAAUAAUCGAUGCUGAAUUUCAUAGAUCCAGAAGGGGAAAAGUCGAAGAAGCUUGAAACUGUAUCCUGGACUCCAGAAGAAAACCAAUUACACUGAAAGAAAAAUAAAAAAGUAAAAGGCAUCUGAAAUGGUCGAUUGUCCACAUAUAUGUAACAAUUGCAGUAUGCUUAUUCUCAUAACAUAAAUUUGAGUACACAUUAUCUGGUUAUUAUAGAACCCCCCCUGCCACCCAUAAAUUAUCAUAGUACAGCACAGAAACCCUGGUACAUUCCAUACAGAAAAAAGGGGAGGGAAGAGAAAUACGGGAGGGAAAUAUUUGCCUCAUGUCAAUACUAAAAUUAAGAUUAUAGGUACACCACGUUGGCAUAAUCUACAAUUUUACCACAUGACAGGAUGCUUCAUAUUUGCAUUUUUAACACUGAUGGUUAAGAAGAGCUGAAGAAGCACGAGAAACUUGGCGAAAGUAGAAUACUCUAAAAGUACUCUCACGUGUCUAAUCCACGCAAUGUAUGACAUCCGUAAUAAAAGGGUACGUUAGGCCCAUAACUGUCUAAGCGAAAGAGCCGGAUAUCUGGCCAACCUCUAAGGAAACGCAGCACCACUUCUACGUCCCUGAGACGCGAAUAUUUAGGAGCUGGAGGUCAAAAUAACUUAGCUCCCCACAACGGAUGCCAUACCAGAGGAUCUUGACCUACUGGGACGGCUUGAAUGGAAACGUGUGCCGCAGAAAUGGCUGAACGCACUUCAUAGAGGGAACGAUGAUGGGGAUAGGUGCAGUAAAAUGGACGGAAUCCCUCUCUAGGCACCAAGUCGGCCAUGGUUGAAGAAACGCGUCCACAGCCGUGCAGUUCGGAUCAAGGAGCCAGCUGUAGUAGUUCAAUAGCUGGUGAUUGGUCUGGGAGGCAAACAAGUCCAGGUGAAGUGGUUUCCUGAGGUGUUUCAACUCCCGAAAUACAGAAGUGCUGAGUUUCCCAUCGCCUCUGUCUCGCCAGUAGUGGGAGAACCAGUCUGCCGUCAGGUUGGUAAUCCCCAGGAGAUAUUCCGCUUUCAGCGUGAUGUUGUGCGAGAGGCAGAAUCUGUAGAUGACUUUGAUGGCCUGUGUGAGGGCUUGGGAUCUGGCUGCGCUUAGGCGAUUUUAUAUAUUGCACAGCAGAGACAUUGUUCAGGCGGAGUAGGAUGCAGCAGUUUGACAUGUCUUUGGCCAGACCGCGAAUUGCGAAAGAACCCGCGACCAAUUCUAGGCAGUUGUUGUGGAGGUUGACCUCAUCGUCCUGCCAAGUUCCCCCCUGUAGAGGAAUCCAUGCAGUGAGCCCCCCAGAGGCUGGCGUCCGAUUCCACUAUGAAAUCCAGAGGGGAGCCAAAGAUUGCUUUGCCAUUCCAGGCUUUCAUGUGUGGAGCUCUGUCCUCAUGUCUGCUGAAAGUGGUAUCCAGUGGAAGUAGGACUGUCCAGAACGUAGGCCAUUCGCUUUCAUGCGUUGCAUUGCCCUGUAGUGUAGUAGUUCCAGAAAUAUCGCCUGAAUUGAGGACGACAGAAGAUCCACUAUACGUGCGAGUAUCCGAAGGGGAAUUGUGUCCAUACGAAGAACCAGUCUGAUCCCUUUUCGGAUGGACAUAGUCUUUGAGGCCGGAAGGCGCAGUACACAGUUGUUCACAGAGUCGAUCUCGACAGCGAGGAACUGGACCGUCUGCGAGGGGGAGAGUGCUGACUUCUGUCUGUUUACUAUGCAACCCAAGGAUUCCAGAAAGUGAACGACAAAUUUUGUUUGCAAACGUAGCCUGGACGCGGAUUCGCAGGUUAGCAAAUCGUCAAGGCACAUGAGUCACUGGACGCCUUCGGAUCGAAUGUAAGCCAAAAAACGGUUUCAGUAGCUUCGUGAAACACCACAGAGCUGAACUGAGACUGAAGGGCAGACGUGUGAGCUGGCAUGCUUGUCCUCUCCACAGGAAACCGAGAAAGCGCCGUCAUACCCUAGCGACCGGCGCCGACAGAUAAGUGUCCUUCGGAUCCAGUUGGGUGAACCAUUAAUUUUUGAGGAAGAGGUCCUGAAGGACAUGCAUCCCUUCCAUUUGGAAAUGUCUGCAAACUACGUAUUAGUUGAGGUUCUGGAGAUUUAUAACCAGUCGGUAGUCCCCUGAUUUCUACUAGACUAUAAAUAUGUUGCUGAAGAAACCGUCCCUGUCCGGUGCCUUUUACACCGAAGAAAAGAACCUGUAGAGAAACGUCCAUGCCCUCUGCUUCUAGUUCCUUUGGCUCUGUCUAAGCCUCUGUAGUAUGAGGACCUCUGUGUAGUGGUCAGCUUGAAGUUGGAUGAAGGAGGAUAGGAUCUGGAGCUUGUAGACCAGCAGAGGCUGGUGACUCUGCUCCGUUGCUGUCCAGCCUUCCCCAAAACACUCCUGUUCAGUGGGGCGCGGAAAACCUGUUUGAGCGAUGAUUGUGCCUUACAUAAGGUCGCAAACAGGUUGACGUGCUUACUAUUUGGCAAUGACAGGUUCCCAGAAGAGAAGACCUUUUACCAGGGGCCUGAAUUCUUUUGGUCCUAAUUCCAGAAUUUUCGUGUCAAUUCUUAGCAGUGCUGAUUUGCGUUGUUUGGCACAAAGUGCCGCAUUGGCAUUGCCUAGCAGGCAGAUUGAAUAUUAGGCCCAUUCUUGGAAUGCGUUUUGGUCAAGCUGUGUACCCUGGGCGAGAGCCAGGUCAACAAAACAAAGCAUUUUCGCUUUGAGAUCCAGCAAUUAGGCAUUGUAAAGGGUCUUAAAGCAACGCAAGACAGUCAGUGGCUCCCGGACUGACCGACACCUAAAGACCACUACAGUGGUGUCAAACUCCGGUGUAUUGGCCACUUUGUCAGGCAAUAGUGGACUUGGGCAUUAAACUCUGAGGCAUGCCCUCUUUCUUCAUGGGUUUACGGAGCCAGUAUUGUACGAACCGAGCCAGAUGAUGUGGGAGGCUCCAUGCACUGUGAAUGUUUACAUGGUGUGUUCAAUAAAAACAUGGCAACAUUUCAUUCUUUGUGUGUUAUUAGUUUAAGCAGACUGUGAUUGUCUAUUGUUGUGACUUAGAUGAUGAUCAGAUCACAUUCUAUGACCAAUUUGUGCAGAAAUCCAUAUCAUUCCAAAGGGUUCACAUACUUUUUCUUGCAACUGUAUAUAAUAAAUAAUUGAGAAUACAAUAUAAAAUAAGGAUUGUCUUGGAAGCAAUAAAGUUUUGUCUUUUUAUAUGUUUAUUAUAUAAAAAUAUAAAUAUAGACAUAUAAAAUCCAUUAUAGCAGAAUUUAUAAGAUUAAACUAAAUGCUUGCAAAUAUCAUUAAUAGGUUGACAUACCGUUCUAAACAUGUCAUCAUGUCAGCCUCUCUGUCAUUUUAAGAUGGAGCAGCGUCUGUCUCCAAGUCUCUCCUCUGUGUCUUAACAUUUAAAAGUACACCUAUUUAUACCUUAGGUGUCUCCAUUUUAUGGUUACCGUAGUUCAUAUAUGAAAAAGUAACACUUCUUUUACUUUAUUCAUUUUAAGACCUCCCUUAAUUUGGCAAAAAUACAAGGUCAUAACAAAAGGGUGUACACGUGAUGGAAAUGUUCUUGACUUAGUUCAAGAUGGCAUCUUAAAGUCUGAACAUCCUUAUCUACUAAGGUUACCACAGUAUAUUACGUACUGAAAGAGUCGUAGCAUAGCCUUGAAGCUUGUUUAUGCAUUAUUGUUAUUGUAAUUCGUCUGGGACAAAAUGGCGCAAACAUAUUAUGCACUGAGGUUAUUGCUUAAAGAAACAGUUAUGAAAAACAAUAUGUUACAUUUCUAACACCUUGUCAGUUUGCAAUAUCUCUUAAAGACAAAGUACACAGUUUAAGAAAUACAUUUCAUCCUAAAACUUGUAAUAUUUGCAUUUGCCCAUAACAACCCUCUAGUGGUACAAAAGGGUGUUUCCCUUGAGUGAUAUGGGAAACAGAAUAGUUUCAUAAAAUUGGGGUUCACCCAUUAAGACCUGCUCGUCGGGUUUGGUACCUGAGACGGGCUCCCCUCUGACCAGAUGCCCGGAGGUAUGUAAUUAUAUUGGGGUUCACCCCCGUUUUACUCGAGCUAUACCUCCUUGGUCAGCAAGAGUAGUCAGCCCAAGCACAUAGGUUUUAACAUUGCAAGUAAGGUACCAUAUCGUUGUAAAGUCUGCUCCAGCAGAGCUUAUACAGGUGAUUACAGACAGUAUAAUAAAUAGGGGGGGACCCCUCAUGCCAGUGAUAGAUUUACACCUGAGAUCUGGGGGCUCAUUCCAGGUGGUGUGCCUUGUAUAAGAGGGCACCCACAUAUGGCAACUGGUAUAUAGGCAAACAGGUAUAAUGUAAGGGCAUAUAGCACAGAGUGCAGCCCUGAAAUUAGGUACACAACUGUGUGUGGUACAAAACAGCAAGCAGUUACAGCUCCCAGAUAGUGGUCCUAUGUGACAGUAACCCCAUAGAGUAUAACACAUAUGUAUAAUAAGCACUCCCUGAAUGGCAUAAACCUAGUCUGUUGCCUUCUUUCAAAAGGUAUCUUAUGGCAGCUAAACAGGACUUGUAGGUUCUUAGGUCGUAUAUGACAGCUGUAGGUAGGUUGUCUGAGGAUAGUUGGAGGUCCACAUCGCGGUAAUACCGAUCUGGAGGGAGAAAAAGAAAAUGGCCUCAUGAGAUCCAAGAUGGUUGGCAAAGCCCGCGAUUUCACGGGCCCAUCGGCGAGAAAGCAAACAACGCUGCCGCUCCCCACCAUUGGCCCAAAAGGAAAUAUAAAGUCUAAUAGAAGCACAAUUGCGGCACUCGCGGCCUCGAUGCGCGAGGGUCUAGUGAUGCCGGACAGACCCUGGCUCCAGGGAAAGAAGGAGGAGAGUAGGCCCCAGGAAUAGGAAAAAGUGAAAGUGGCCAAAAAGGUGAUAAAAUAAAGUCUGACAGUAGUGGGGGGUUGCUUAUGUUCAGUAAAGAGAGAUGUGCAAAUAUGAAACCUCCUGUCAUGUGGUAAUAUUAUAAUCAGCUGCAUUUAUACCAUGCAUUAUAUGCAUAUGUAUAAUGCAUAAAGCAUAAGAAAUUUGCUGCUGUUUUUUUAAAGUAUUGCCACACUGUGGACUUUGCUUACAUUGUAUUGUGUACACUGUGCUGUUAGUCUGUGCAAUAUGGAAUUUCAUUCUGCACCUUGUAUAUAAUUUAAAAAGUGUCUAUAUUCAUUUUAUGGUUCAAUAAUGUUUAAUGCACAUACGUUUGGUAAUUUUUUUCCCCAGAGUCCCUCUGCCUACCUAUGAUUCUUUCCACUUUCAGUCACUUCUCACUUUUCCAUAUGGCAGCCAAUAUGUAUGUAUUGUGGAGCUUCUCCUCAAGCAUUGUCUCCAUGAUGGGCUCAGAGCAGUUUCUGGCUGUAUAUAUGUCUGCAGGUAAAUAUAACCCCUUUCAAAAUGCCCCAGUUUAAGCUCUAUGUAUAAUGCAUUUUAAAUGUGUAAAAAACAACAAAAAAGAUUCCGGAACUGUCUGCUUAUAAGCUAAAAGCUAUAUUUAAAGAUCACUGUGUGCUGUAGUUGUUAUGGUGUCAGUAGUUCCCUGAUGCCCACCCUCAUUGUAAGGAGGCAAACAGGUUUUUAGAAUGGUUUGAAUUCUUGUCUGGGGUCCACUCAUCACUUUCCCUGCCUCCACUACUUCCUAUGGAAAUUGGAGCAGGGCUCAGCUGAUGCUCUCAGCCAAUCAGCUUGUCCUGCACUGCUAGACUUCACACAAAAGGGCUAAUGGAAGCUCCUGCUGAAGAUUUUCCCACUCUCUAUGGGAAGUAAUGGAGGCAUGGAUUCUCCUCUUGAAGUUUAGAGGGAGAGUGUAGUCCCAAAACAACUUUAGCUUAAUGAAGCAGUUUUAGUGUAUAUCAUGCCUCUGAAGUUGCAUUGCUUAAUUCUCUACCAUGUUAAAGUUAAAUAACUUUUGUGUAUGCAGUCCUAACCACAACUAUUUGGCUUUGACUCACACAGCUUGCGUAAAAAAAAGUUUCAUUUUCAAUCAAUGUUAACGUACUUUAGACGUUUUCUUUUGUAAAUAACUUUUUAUUAAGUUUUUAUUAUUCGACAAAAAAAAGGAGAAAAAAAUAAUAGAACAGAGAGAUUUGCCGGUCUCUCACAUUGUGUGUAAAGUAACACAAAAUGAGAUACAAAGAGAUCAUUGUGGGGAGCGCAGGUCCCAGUUUUUAAGUACUGUAUAAGGUAGACUUGCAGGUCCCAGAGUAAGAAACAUAAAACUGUGAACAUCGUUCUCCUGGUAUACAGGUUGGUUCCCCAUUGUAGUUUAUAUUACCAAGUGGGUCCUUUUGCUUGGCGUAUGCGCUCAGUUUUUUGUUUUUUCUUUUUCAUUAUUCCCUCCCAUCCUCUGUUUAUAACUUUCUGUUCAUUAGAAGUAUUUCCCCCUCUCCCCACAUAACUAUGUCAAUAUAUGUUGUUACAAACUGCCUUUUGUAACUCGUUUUUUGUGUGACAAAUUGCCCUGCUUCCCUGGGUUAUGGAGAAGCCUGUUGGCCAGUCUCCUACCGUUGGCUAUGACUCUUUGAUGUAUUUGGCUUUAAAGCCCCUAUUCUACCUUUAGACAGACUAUUUAUGUAGGUUGCUUCUUUUUCUCUUAUGUUUUAGUCACCCUGUACCCAUUAUAGGUGCAGGGUGUGUGUAAUGUAAUUGUUUAUAGUGUGUGUGUACUGUGAAAUGUAUUGCCUGCUCUUCUGUACUGCUGAGGUUUGCUACCAACUAGGUGGAUUUGGCUAUGGAGCUUGUCUAGUGCCCUCUGUUGGUAGCAACAGCAAUAUGCACUAGCUGAAUAGCAAGACUAGUUAAUUUGCAUAUUUGGGUAGAUUUGCAUAUUGCUAAUUCUGCAGGCACGUGAGAUAUUUUCUGUUAAUUAUUGUCUCCCCCAUCCCUUUAAAAAUAUGCCACUGUGUUAUAAUAAGUCACUGUAUGUUGCCUGCUAUGAUUUGACUGUUUGUAAUUUUAUUCAGUUUUCACAGCAAUGUUAAUGUAAUGACCAUAUGGGCUAGUCCCAAGUAAAAUAAAGUUUUAUUCAGUUUUUCUUGACCCUCAACACGUAGUCUUGUCUUGUAAUUGGAGGGGACAGCUAUACUCACACUGGGGAUUGCUAUGCUCUGCAAACUCCCUUGAGCCUUAAUCACUUAGCUCUUUUAAGAGCUGCUCCUGUUACGCUCUCCUUGGAGGAGAGGUCUUCCCCACACAGUCCUGGAUGCUGGAGGUUCAUACAGGGUGGAAGUAAGAGGUCUUUCCCACACGGUCCUGGAGGACAGAAGCUGGUCCAGGGUGGAAGGAAGACGGCGAGACUCCAGUCAAGCUGCGGAGGCUGCAGUGGUUGUGGUGUCCGGUGCGGUGCUAGUGGUUCUCUGCGCAAGCUAGGAAGCAUCCAUCAACGGAGGGUACUCGGUUGGAGUACGGGGAGCUCCGUUACAUAUGUUUAGUCGAGCACAUCCAGUACCGGUGUGGAACACAAUGAUACUUGUAGGUAGCCAUAGGGACGGAUAGGUGUAUCAAAAAUGCGGCAUAUGUGGAUGCCUAGGGUUAAAUAGUGAGACUCGUAUGUCCACAUUGGAAUAUCAAAACACAAAGCCAUAUAGUGCAGUUGGUGGGGGUUAUGUCCUAUCUCUAUAGUUCAGGUGAAUGGCAGUCUGGGACUUUGUGUGGAUUGUCUCAUUAAUAAACUGCAAAACUUGAUUUGUCCUUCCAUCUUUAAUAGAUCGGUUGGACCAUGGAGAUACACCAGAAUUGUAUUGUGCUUCAUAAACUGCACCAAGUUCUGUGAGUACGCUUGGUUCCGCGCUAGUGGGGAGGGAGUUAGGUGCCCUUGUGUGUAGGGACAUUUAUUUUAAAAGUUUGAUUUUCAAUUUUGUCAUCCUAUAGUCUGAGUCUCGGCUGGUGUUCUUUGUUGUGGUGGUGGACCUUAUGGUGUGUCGUGUGUCUAGGAUGUGUGCAGAUGUGAUCUUCAGUGUCCUCCCCUGGUCACCAACUUAAGUAUGUCUCAUCGUUGAAUCGGUCAGGUUUUAUACGUGACUGGGCAGUACAGUUGGUCAAGGAGAGCGGGCGGUGUCGUUAGGGGGUUGUGUGUCCUUGUUCUCAGGAGGGUGUGUAUCAUGUUGUGCAUGGAGUAAGGUUAGUAGGGUGGUGUGCAGGACUGACCUGCUAUCAUAUUUCCCACCAAGUCCAGGGAGGGUCGUCAGGUCUAGUGUGUAGUUAGGCUAAAUCUCCUUUUGAGAUAUAUUGCGUGACACACUCCCAGAGUCCAUGUGUUUAGUGUAUGAGCUAUUAGAAAUCGGAGUUUAACAUAUCUGAGUUUAGAAUGCAUAGUUUAACAGACAUGCUUGCAUUAACAAUUCAGAUGAUUAUAUAUCACAAUGAAAGAUAGCAAUGAUAACAUGAAAAGUCAAGAAUAGUGCACUUGGGACAGGGGGUUAAAGAACACUAUGGGACAGCGGAGGGGGAAAGAACACUAUGGGACAGCGGAGGGGGAAAGAACACUAUGGGACAGCAGAGGGGGGAAAGAACACUAUGGGACAGCGGAGGGGGGAAAGAACAUCAUGGGACAGGGGAGGGGGGAGAAAAAAUAACACUGGGACAGGGCAUGCUUUCCUAUGGAUGCUGGCGUCUUCUCACUGUGAAAAUCACAGUGAGAAGCGCGGAAGCGCCUCUAGCGGCUGUCAAUGAGACAGCCACUAGAGGUUGGAUUAACCCUAAUGUAAACAUAGCAGUUUUACAGCAGGCAGGGUUUAACCCUAGAUGGACCUGGCACCCAGACCACUUCCUUUAAUAACAUACAGAAGUCUCCUGCAAAGUCUAGUAAGCUAUUAACAGUGCAGGUGAUAAGUAUACAUUCUAAAUUAAACCGCAUUUGCAAUAAAGAAAGUGUAAACAUUAGCACUCUAUUUACAGGAAGUGUUUAGGAAGACUGUGCCUUUCCUAAAUGGCAGAUAUUUGAGCAGUGAGACUGCAGGGGUAUGAUCUGUACACUAAAACUUCAUUAAGCUAAAACUAUUUGGUAACUACAGGCUAUCUUACUGCUCUUUUUUGGUUUUCAUGUUGACCUGAAUUCAGAGCAGGAAAUAGAGACAGAACUGGGUUAUAUAAAAUACACACGCUGUUUUCACUAGAACAGAGGAUGAAACAGGGAAGUAUUUUAUACACUGUUUUUUUGCCUAAUGACAUGUUUUUUACCAAAAUAAAAAACUUAAAUUUAAUCUACUGAUUUUUUUUUUACAACAUUUAAAUUUGUCAUUCUGGAUUUUUUCCUUGUAUUUUUUUUUAUAGGUGUGAUAUCUACAUUCGCAAGCUAUGUUAGCAAAGCAGCCACAGGACGCUUUGGUCCAUCUUUAGGAGCCGUAUGUAUUUUAAAUUCAAUAAUCUUAUUCUUAUACCAAUAAUUUGAGCAUAGAAUACAGUUUCAUAUUAAUGGCUUCAAUUUAAUAAGCUUUCCGAAUGAUUCAGUACUGUUAGAAAAACUUCUUAAUGAUUUAUUGAGUAAAGUCAUUAUUAAUGUUAAUGGGAAUUUUUGUAGAUUAAUAAUUUGUAACGUUCCUCUAAUAGUAUUGAAUAAUUUCUAAAGCUUAUGAAAUCAAGGACAAUGUGUUGCAUAUGUGUAUGUAUCAAAUAUUAUGUUGUGUGGAAUACAGUGUUUUUAGUUUUGCUAUCAUAAGAACAGAGAAAGAUAAAAAUCAUGAUUGCCUUAACUCACAUGCUAAGCAUUUCCAUCUAACUUUGGCAAUUAUAGGUCAAUAAUUAUGCAUUAGGACCAUAAGUUUUCGGAAUCUGCACAUAUAUAAUAUAUAUAAAACAGUAUUUGCAGCCUUGCACUCGUACUGGUGCUUCAGUAACACUAAAUAUAAUGUUGAAAAAUACCAGUAUUCUAGGAUUCCAAAGAAAAGAUACUUCUUUAGUCAAGAAAAUCUGAAAAUAUCGACAUUACAGUUCCAUGUUGUUCUGCUGAAAGCUCAUGCUAUAAACUGAAACGUCAAUAUUUUCAGAUUUUCUUGAGUACAGAAGGGGGGCUCUAACCACCAACCGGAUUGGCCGCAGCUUAGCAGAGCUCUCCAGCCUACAGUGAGUAAUCCACAGCAAUCUGGCUUUAAACCGCAACAUGGGACACCCUAAGAGAUCUACCUCGUCCAAAGGCCCGACCUGGAGGUAAGGGACAUACUCCGAAAUAUGUCCUCAAAGCAGCCAUUAUGCUGGGGAAGCUGGAGGACUCAUUUCAGACUAAGCUAGACGACAUUGGAGCAGAUAUAUGCCACAUGGGUGACUGAGUGGACUCCCUGGAGGAUGACCGAGAUAUCCUGUAUACUCAACUCCAUUCCAUUCAAGACACAGUGGCAGUCCAAAAUACUCCCCUAUCAGCCAUCCAAUGCUCUCUAGAUGGCAUAGAUAACAGAGGGAGAAAUAACUUAAGGAUCAGGGGGUUCUGAAAUAACUUUUUAAUCUUAUCUUAAACAGACCACCUGAGUUCCCACUACUACUAGACCGAGCAUGCAGGGCCCUGCGGCCUAAAGGGAUAGCAGAGGGAUAAACCUAGAGACGUAAUCUGCAGGCUGCACUACUUCGAUGUAAAUAAAUCUUCCUCAAUGUGCCUUUAUCUGCACGUACCCGUCUGUGCUCUGAAUCAGCCACAAAUCUCUUAAUAGAGCGAUGAUAACGCUUAAGUUUUCGUGAAAUAUCUAAUGUUUUUAUACCUCGUCCACGGCAUUGAACUAUUUCACUCUUUUCGGCAGCAGAGAGAUCCUUUUUCUUCCCCAUAUUGCAUGAAAAUGGUGCUCUGCUUAAUAAUGUGGAACACACUCCUUUAGUAGUUUUUCCUUAAAUUGUACUCACCUGGCAAUCUAAUUAUCACAGGAGUCAGAGAUUGUUUUCAGUGAUCAAAAGAGCCCUGAGACACAAUGCCAUCCAUGUUAAACUGAAAAACAAAAUAUUUAGUUCUUUGGUAGGCUUUUUUCAAAAUCCUAUUAGGAUAGCCCAGGGACUUAAAUCUAUGCCUAAGUUCCUUAGCUUCCUUUUCGUAGUCAUCCUGGUUGGAACAAUUUCUCUCAGCUCUCAAGUAUUGGCCGUAUGGUAUAUUGGCUGUUAGAUGUUGAGGGUGGAAGCUCUGCCAAUGAAGCAAACUGUUGCCGUGGGUUUCCUAAAUAAAGAUGUGGUGAUCUUCCGAUCUUCAAGUAAGUUUAUUUUCAAAUCCAAGAAGACCAAUUGUCUCUCAUCAAUGACAUGGGUAAGUUGGAGAUUUAUUUCAUUUUGAUUGAGUUUGUCCACCAUUUCUUUAAAUUGUGAGAGAGCCCAACCAGAAAAUUAAAAUAUCAUCUAUAUACCCAUACUAUUUGUAUAUAGAGGAAGUGAAAUCAAUAUUAGAGGUAGUGAACACAGAAGUUUCCUCCCACCAUCCCAGAAAUAAAUUGGCAUAACUGGGUGCACAAGAUGAUCCCAUGGCCGUGACUUUUAGCUGCAAGUAAUAUUUCCCAUUGAAGGUGAAGUAGUUGUGUGUUAGCACACAUUGGAUCAGAGUCAAUAUGAAACCUUGUUCGUGUUCUUUAAAUGUCUCUGAUUUUUUUCAGAAAAUAGGCGACCCCAGCUAGACCUUUAUCAUGAGGGAUAUUAUCAUAGAGUGCCACUAUGUCUAGACUUGCUAGGGAUGUAUAUGGAGGCACUAUGAGGUUUUCCAGGGUUAUUAGAGUCUGUUUCGUAUCCCGCAUAUGGGUUGUAACAGUUUGUCCAGAAACUUACUUGCUCUUUCAGUCAAACUGUGAUUGCCCGAAAUGAUUGGUCUCCCCGGAGGUUUGCACACAUCCUUGUGCACCUUGGGGAGACAGUAAAAAGUGACUUCAGUUAUGUUAGACUGAGAGACAAUGUACCUAUAUUCGUUCUGUGUGAUAACCUUAUCUAUUACUGCUAUUUGUGCACGUGUUUGUAGUUGUUUAAGGUACCCAAUAGUUGGGUCUUCCUUUAAUGUUUGAUAAGCAGUUUCAUCAGAUAGGUGUAUCAUACACAUGUCGAUGUAUUGUUCUCUCUGCAUGAAAACAAUAUUCCCGCCUUUGUCUGAGGACUUUAUUAUAAUGUCAGUUUGUUGUUUUAACUCUUGUAGAGCUAAUCUCUCCUCAUAGUUCAAAUUUGAUGUUUGGGGUUGUUUGAUGGUUUGACAUUCUAAUUUAUUGGUACAGAUCUGAACAAAUAGGUCUAUACAGGGGAAGUCUUUCAAAUUGGGAGUGAACCAAGACAAUGGUUUAAAGUUCAUAAGGGAUUCAUUGGGUUUCUGUUCAGAGAAUAAGUCUGUCAGGAGUUUAUAGAUUUCAUUAUCUUCAGGGGAAAGACCCAAUUCUUUCAGAUUUUUAAGGUUUCUUUUUUCAUGAAAUGCAUGCAGGGCCAGUUUAUGGCCAAAAAGGUUUACAUCCUUUGCCCAAUUAAACAUGUUUAUGGGUGGUGUUGGUACAAAUUGUAAGCCUUUUGAAAGGAGUGACAGAUGCCUAGAUUUUAGAGCAAAGUUUGAUAAAUUAUUUUGUUUAUAUAAUGUGUGUGUGUGUGUGUGUAUAUCGUGGUGGGGGAAAAAAAAACAGUACUGCAAACUUUGAAAGAAACUGGUGACAUAAUUACCAUAUAAGUUGCUAAAAUGGUACAAAAUGAGAGUAGGAAAUCAAUGUGCUAAACUUGGCAAGAUGAAAGCUGAAAUAGGCAGGUGUCUGAUUUGGUGUGUUACUUCACGAAAUCCGUGAAAAGAUGUGCUGAAGAGGUAUAACUGAGCAAAUUUUUUAAAAUGUUAUUACUGUAUAAUAAUAUACAAUAGUACUCAUGGUGCAAGUUAGGGACUUGUGAUAUAUUCCCAUUUAGAACUACACCAAAAAAGUACUCUCUACUUGAUAUAAAUGAGAUACAAGAAGGUUUCUCAUUAACCCCUUAAGGACCGGCCUGUUUUUGCGAUGUUGUACAUUAAGGACCAGAGCGGUUUUAACACUUUUGUGGUGUUUGUGUUUAGCUGUAAUUUUCCACUCUCUCAUUUACUGUUCAAUACAAAUUAUAUAUUGUUUUUUUCAGGACAAGAAAGGCUUUCUUUACAUACCAUUAUUUGUAUCAUGUCAUAUAAUUUACUUUUUUUUAAAAUAAUACAAUAUGGUGAAAAAUUGAAAAAAAAACAACAAUUUUUUGGACUCUUAAUUGAAAAAUCUUUUACUUAUCUACAAAAGCUAAUGAAAAAACUGCUAAUUAGAUUCAAAAUUUUGUCCUGAGUUUAAAAACACCCAGUGUUAGCUUUUUUGCAAGUUAUAGGGCUAUAAGUACAAGUAGGAAAUUGCUGUUUCAAUAUAUAUAUUUUUUAACUUUAUCAAUAGUGACAUUGUAACACUGUUAUCUGUCAUAAAUCUAUGAAUCACACCCCACAUGUACAUAUUUUUUUAAAGUAGACAACCCAGGGUAUUCAAUAAGGGGUAUGUCCAGUCUUUUUUAGUAGCCACUUAGUCACAAACACUGGCCAAAGUUGGCCAGUGUUUGUGACUAAGUGGCUACUAAAAAAGACUGGACAAUACCCCAUUUGCAAUACCUUGAGUUGUCUUCUAUUGUAAAUGGUAUGCCAUCAUGGGGGUAAUUCUCAUUCCUGGGCUACCAUACGCUCUCAAAGGCAACAUAACCAAUCUGACAAAUUUCAAUGAAAAAACAAAGAAGUAAAAUCAAGCCUUAUAUUUGACCCUGUAACUUGCAAAAACACUAUAAAACCUCUACAUGUGGGGUACUGUUAUACUUGGGAGAAUUCGCUGAACACAAAUAUUAGUGUUUCAGAACAGUAAAUUGUAUCAUAGCAAUAAUAUCAUCAGUGAAAGUGCCUUUUGUGUGUUAAAAAUGCAAAAAACGUCACUUUCACUGACAAUAUCAUCGCUGUGAUAUGUUUUCCUGUUUUGAAACACUAAUAUUUGUGUUCAGCGAAGUCUCCCGAGUAAAACAGUACCCCCAUGUACAGGUUUUAGGGUGUCAUAGAAAGUUAGAGGGUUAAACACAGUGCUAGCAAAUUAAAUUGUCUGGACUUUUGGCCUGGGUUGUCAGGCAUGUCCCUCAACUUGCAAUCAAUAAAAUUACUUAAUUAUGUAAAAAUAUUACAUAAAUAAGCAUGUAGAAUUUAAAUAUAUAUACAUAUUUAUAUAUUUGAAGUCUAUGUGUAUAUUUAUGUAAUUAUGUAUAUGGACAAAUGUAUAUUUCGUAUUAUUUUUAUUUAUACAUAGAUAUAUAUAAUCAUUUCAUUCUAAGUGUAUUUUGAGAUGAAUAUAAAUAUAUAUAUAUAUAUAUAUAUAUAUAUAUAUAUAUAUAUAUAUAUAUAUAUAUAUAUAAUUAAUAUCAAAAUACCAUUAGAAUAAAAUUACAUAUAUAUAUUAUUUUUUUUACACUUAUUGCUUUAUUUUUAAACUUUAUUUCUGAUUUUUUUACUUGCAGGGAGACUGCCUGUCAGCACAGACAGUCGCCCCGCAGGCAGAUACACAGGCACCUACUGCGGCCAUGUAAUCGAGCGAUCACAUGGCCGCGGGGUCCUGAUCUGCCGCGGGGAGACUGUCUGGGCAGACAGGCAGUCUCCCUGGACCGGGUGAAACGCUGAUCGUCGCCGGGGGAACGACAGUGAUCAAGUAAGUACCCCAAGACUGUUAUGAUGGUUCAGGACCAUCAUCGGUCCUCAAGGGGAUGUUUCCGAUGACGGUCCUGAACCGUCAUUGGUCGUCAAGGGGUUAAAGGGAUACUCCAGGCACCAUAACAACUUAAUCUAAAUAAAAAUGUUAUGGUGCCAUGAGACCAAGUAGUGCACUCUUACCUCGACGGGUGAAACCAUUCUGGAACACUUUAACCCCAAAGUUGCCGCCAGGAUCAGUCGCGAAACAGACCAUGUUUUUAAUAAAAUAUUUUGCCCGUCUGGGCUGAAUUAGAUAAUGAAAACUGAAACGGCCCUAUCUAUAUACUGUAAGCGUGUUUGAGCAGGGCCCUCUUCAACCUAUUGUUCCUGUAAGUUUUUGUAAUUGUCUCAUUUAUUUUUAAAUCUCCCCCUUUGAUACAAACUAUGCUGGCGCUAUAUAAAUACCAGUAACAAUAAUAUGUGAAUGGAUCCGGGAUCAAAAAUACUACAUACAGAGUAUAAGGGAUGGUUGCACUGACAAACUGGUGAAUAGACACUUUCUGGAGAAAACAGCAUCCAUUGGCAUCCCUAAGGUUCAUGACAAUUGACCACAUUCCUGUCCCUAGGAGAAGCUGAGAUGAGCACUACUUCUAUCACUGAAAGACAUUUUGGAUUCAAGUAUUGGAAACUCUGGCCAUACGGCCUUAGAAAUAUACCCCAUAAUUAAAUGUACCGUUAAUCUCAUGGAAGUAUUUGGAUAAGCACACGUUUGUUAGUAAUAAAAUGGGAAACCGGGGGUUAUACUUUCUUUAGUAGAUUUAAAAGAACCUUGCAACGGUCAUCCCUUAUCGGCAAUAGAUUAAGGCAUCAACAUUCUACUAUGAAGCACAUAUACAUAUAAGUACCAAUUUAAUCUCACUAAUCGCACCAAAAAAAACUGUAUUUUUUUAUUUUAUUUUCACCAUUUGUUAUAUUUCAUAAUCACACUUUUCUUGACUAUAUCUAUAUAUAUCUAUAUAUAUAUAUAUAUAAAAAACUGGAAUAUCUUAUUGAUAGCACUCAAUGCACCUCUAUUGGGUAUAACUAUAAUGCUGUUAUAACUAUUAUUGCACUUUCCUUUGCAUGUCCCUGAAACCUGUAUGUUUAAGCGCAAGUUGACUGCACUUUUGAUAUAACAGAUCGUUUCACACAGUACUGCAUGUUAUUAGGGGCAAGCUGCCUCAGGCACUUUGUAUUGAGGUUUCUAUGGCAAGUUGUCCGGAGUCCUUCACUUACGUUGUUUGUUCAUUACCAUAGCAACGUGUCAGAUGAUGUGCACACUCACAAAGGUGGGUUCACAAACAUACGCACAUGGAGACUCUAGGACAAUUUCUCCUAGGUGGUAUGUAAUUAUAUGUCUAUUUAAAGCAAUCAAUAGUAUGAUAGAAUGCAGUAUGUGUGAGCAGCUUUCUAAUAUCUAUUACUUUAGACUUGAGAAAAGGAGGUUAUCCCGACAGCUUCUCAUUCCAAAAUUCUAUUAGUCCAAUAAAAACUUAUUAGCCUAGAGAUACAUUAUGACAUUUAUAAUAAUUCCAAUAACCUCUAAUUUUCCUCCUUUCUGCUAGUCUGGUGCAAUAAUGACUGUUCUAGCUGCUGUGUGUACCAAGAUGCCUGAAGCCAAGCUGGCCAUUAUUUUCCUGCCCAUGUUCACAUUCACUGCAGGCAAUGUAUGUAUUACUACUUUUGUUCUUGCUUUGGUCAUUACUACGCACAAGCUAGUUAGAAGUGUAUACAGUAUUGUGAUGAUUUCAUGGUGUUUCUUUUACAUAGGCUCUCAAGGUCAUUCUUGCUCUGGACUCUACGGGUUUAGUUUUAGGAUGGAAGUUUUUUGAUCACGCUGCACAUCUUGGUGGUGCUCUGUUUGGAAUGUAAGUAAGAUGGAAUGCUGUGUACAAUUCAAACCUUUAUUUCCUAGUGCUUUUUUUUUUUUUCAUCUAUAAAAAUAGUUUGUUUUACUGUGUUCUCUACUCUAUCAUGUUUUACCCUUGGUUUAUUAUAAUUGUCACUUUACUAUAUAUAUAUUUAUUUUUUUAUUUAUUUAUUUUAGAUGGUAUGCUCUGUAUGGUCAUGAAUUUAUCUGGAAAAAGAGGGAACCAUUGGUGAGAAUGUGGCAUGAAUUUCGUAGUGGACCUCCAAGGAGUGGUGCAUCUUGACACUUUGUAAAUCCAGAUUCUUCUAAACAGUGAUGAUUUGCAAGAUUUAUGAGAUUUAUGUAAUAAAAUCUUUAGAGACUUUGUGUGUGAGAAAUUGCAUGAUGUGUGGUAUCUUCAUUAUAUUUGUAGUCUUACAUUUUCGAACAACUUGAAAUUAUUUUUAUUAAUGCAAAAUUGGAUAUCUCAAAGUUCAUCUACAAGAAGGAAGUAUGAGAAAAGUGGCUGUAUGUAUAGAACCAUGGCAUAUGGAGUGAGCAGUUUGGAAGUUAUAUGGCGAAGCAUGUGGGCAAAUGUUCCCUGAGAAAAAGGGAAUCUGCUGCGGAAUGCUGUUACUUAUAGCUGGCUUUUUUUAUUAGUUAUAUUUUGCCAAGUGAAGAUAAAAUGGAAUUACAUUCUAAUGUUGGCUUUGGUGAUUAAGGACAAGAGAAGCACUUUGAACUGAUAAUACAGCUUUGCAUUGUCACAUGUAGGCAAAGUAAUUUAUUAUUUAUAGCAUUUAAGAAGCACUAACCAAUUCCACAGCUCUGUAGACAUGGUGAAACAGACAUUACAGUAUUAGCAGGUGAAGGGAAAAAAGAGAUCUAACACUUUUAUAACAUGACAUGGG